CACUAUUGCUGAUACAAGCCAGGAUGCCACUGGCCUCCUUGGACACUUGGGCACGCUGCUGGCUCAUUUUAAUCUGAGUAUCAAUCAAAACUUCCAGGCCCUUUUCCUCUGCACAGUCUUCUAGUUACUCUGCCCCAAACCUCUAGUAUUGCCUGGGGCUGCUGUGGCCUAAGUGCAGGACCCAGCACUUGGUCUUGUUGAAUUUAACAGUCAACUAAGUUACCUUGACAGUCCUACAGGAAGUAAGAUAGAUUUAGUAUAGAAACAUAUUCGGAGCAACAGAUUAGUGAAAAAAUGAGAAAAAAGUUAGAUCUGCAAGCACUGCUUCGCACUUUGCUCUCUUCAAGGCCACCAGCAUCAGAGGCUGCCCCAUUCUUCAAUGCAUUUUCCUAUAAGCUAUCUCAAUUUUCACACCUUAGACAGCAGUUCCUAUAUCAGCCAAUGUAGCCUUUGGUUGCAUCUCACCCCCUAGAUUCCUUAAAACAUUUACUUCCCACUUUUAUACUGAAGAUGCACCACGAGGGAGAAAAUUUCUUCCUGUUCCUGAAUGUUCGCAAUGACUAGAGACAUCAAACAUAGAGCUACAGAGCAGGGGCAGGGAGGAGCACCAAUGCACCAUCAAAACAAUAUUUUUGUUAGGACAGUUUCUUCUCAAAGCACAACAGAAUGCUUUCAGAAGAAUGAUCUCCCCACUCACUCCAUUUUAUAAACAAAGUGACCCAUCCUCAGAGUGCUUGUCUGCUGUUCAAGCAGGUCCUUCCCAGGAACUGAGACACAAUGUCUUCACAGAGGCAUUAGAAUAAUUUCAUUUAGAGCAGGAACAGCAAGGGCUAGGAUCCACACUGGAAAGGAAUUACUGUAGAAAAACAGAGCAAGGCAUCUCAUCAUCCUGAAAAGGGAAAGGCGCCCUGCAGAGGUACAAGCACACAUCCUUCUCCCUUCUGCAGCAUGGAGGGGAAUACCCUGAUGCUUGUGCUCCUUUCAGAGGGGACAUUCAGGCUGCAAGCAUCACAGCAUCAAGACAUUAAAUUGCAAACUGGAGCAGCUGAGCAGAGGUACCUAUUCGCACUCCUAACAAACCUCUCCACUGGAAGCUGCCCAAUAAAAUAUGGAACUACAAAUCCUUACAAAGAAAUGGGAGAACCAAAAUGAUGCACUAGAUACUAGACAAUGUAAAAAACUGCAGAUCAAAAUCUAAGGUACAAUUGUACUUCCCUAUCCAUAUGAGGAAAUAGAGACAGGAUGACCAGAACAAAAGAGACCAAACUGCAAGAUAAAUGGAAGGACACUACCAAGUCCCAGAGUUUACCCCAGAGACUGCUUUCUUAUUAAUACUUCAGAUCUAUUCAAGGACCUCAGUUUGUGUGUUCUUAUCACAUCGGAUUACUUGAGUAGUUAUAUUAGUCUAAUAUAACUUCCUCUGAAAUACUGUUCAGUGUAACUCUUUACCUCUUGAUUAAACAUUGGCCAGUGAUGAACACAGUGCACGGUGUCAUAUUGUAGGCCAUAGAAGAAUCUGGCUAAAAUAAUUACAGUUCUCCAUUCUUUCAGUCUCAAAAAACAGAAUCUCAAAGGCAAGGAUUACACAAGCCUGCUGGCUGGCUGCAUGCCCAGCUCAGCACAGCCCUGCUCGGGUGGCACAGCAGGGCACGUAUUCCACAGGGCACUUUCUCCAUUCAUUCUCAGUGUUGUGGUUUGCUCACUGAGGAGAUACCUUGCCAUCAGGUCCUGGAUGGACUAAGUGCUUCCUGCUGGAAGGGAUGCACUCUCUGUUCUUUCCCUCAUCAAGGUUGGCAGUGUCUGAAAGAGGCAGUUCUUGAAGCCCAUCCUCUGCGCCUCUCUGGAGCAGUGAGCGUGUCACUCACUCACAGACAGAAGCCAGGCCAGACAAAAGGCUGUUUGUCCAGCACCUCCAUCAGCCCUUCCUCUGCUCAUCCCCUCCAGCUCUAGCUCUGUGUACAUCUGAAAAGAUUCAUCUGCUAAGAAAGUGAAAAGGAGAGAAGCAGAAGAAAAAGCACUGCUGCACAGGAAACUUUCCAAAAAUGAAGAUGCUCUCAGUUCUUCUUCUGCUGAGUGCCCUCCUGGGUGCCCACACAGUGCCCUCCCGGCGGCCUAAGUGCUACAAGAGGGUCCUGCAUGACCACAGCUGUCACAGCAUUCCUGAAGGCAUGGCGAGCCUCCGGCAAGUUGAUGAGAGCCUGCAGGAUCACUUUUGGGAAGGAGAAGGCUGUGAGACCAUCUGUUACUGCAACUUCAAGGAACUGCUCUGCUGUCCAAAGGAGAUUUUCUUUGGACCGAAGAUAUCUUUUGUGAUCCCCUGUAACAGUGAGUGAUCAACAUUGAGCCUGCCACUGAGGACAACUGAC